AUGUUUAAUGACCAAACCUAAAUGAAAUUGAAAAUUAAAGAAUGGAAAAAGAAUUUUAAUUAUAUUGGUGGUCUUCUUCCUAAUGGAGAAAAAAUUGCAAUAUUUAUUGAUACAACAAGGCAGAAAAGCUCUGAACUACCAAGUAGUUUGAACUCUCUCUAGACUAAAAUAUAAGCUUGCAAAGAAUCUGUCAAUACUUUAUAUCAUUUGAUUCAUAAUCUCAAUGCCUUAUAUAAGAUACUAACUUAAAUUUCAAAGAAGACAAGCUUGAAAUUAAAACUCUAAUUUAAGAUAUAAUAAGCUCCUUUAAAAUGCAAGCCUAGAUAAAAGGAAUUGAUCUCAACUGUAGUGUUAAUGAAUCAAUACCUAGGUACAAAUUAGUUUAAAACUUAUGCUUUCAGGUUUAUUGAAUGUGAUAAAGGAAGACUUUGGCAGAUUUUAUUCAUACUUGUGUAUAAUGCUAUUAAAUAUACUAAUCAAGGGUACGUGAAGAUAAUAAUUGAAUCUUACUAAUAAGACUUGGAAUUGGAAGAUGAAAAUUGCUAGAUACUUAAUAUAAAAAUCUAGGAUUCUGGCUGUGGAAUAUUGAAAGAAAAUGCACCCAACAUUUUCAAGUUUUUGCACAAUAUUAAGUAGAAGUAAAAUGUAAAUUAAAAUGGAAUGGGUUUAGGACUUACAAUUUGUGGAAAAAUUAUUAAGGCUUGGGGAGGGUAAAUAGAUUUUAAGUCAGUGGUUGGAGAUGGUACCGAAUUCGAUCUUAAAAUUCCAUUUAAGAAUGUGUAAUCCGAUAGCGAUGGGUCAUUGAGAUUAUAGAGCUUUGAUAAAGUCUCGAAAUAUAACUUAAACCCGAAGACAUUUUCAGAUUUAAACUAGAGUACUAAAUACAGAAUUCUUUUAGUUGACGAUGAUGCUUUUAAUCUCUAUUCACUAGGGCUUUUGAUUAAGACCAGAGGAAAUUACAAAUGUGAUAAUGUAAUGAAUGGUUAUGAUGCUAUAAAGAGACUAAAGGAUUCAUUUAAAUUAAAAGAAGAACCCUAUAGAUUGAUUUUAAUGGAUUUAAACAUGCCCUUAAUUGAUGGAAUGUAAACUAGCAUUAUUUUAAGACAAUUACAUGAAAGUCAUGAAAUAGAUUUAACCAAUACAAAGAUAUUUCUUCAUUCAGCAAUAUAGCAUACUUUGGAAGACAAAGAUGGUGUCUUCGACGGAAUAUUGGAGAAACCUAUUAGUUUCAAAGAACUUGACGGCAUUCUUAGUUCCUUAUGA